AUGUCCAAAAAGCAAAGGUGGCAUGAGACGCUGGUUAACAAAAAGACAAACAAACCUACACAGAAAAAUGGAGGAAAGGACCUUGCAGCAUUAGCAGUGCCUGCAUGCGAUGGGGGUAAGCAGACUGGCAGCGGUGCAACUAAAACCAGUGUGAGUUGUGGAAGGAGCAGCAGCCUCAGCAGCAAAGGAGGUGACUCAACAGUAACUGGCAGUAAAUUUGGUGGCAGUAGAAGCAGCCUGAGCCACCAAGGCGGCGCUGGCCACCAGGUUAAUCGACAAGCAUCCCACCCAUCCAAACCAGCUCUCCGCCUGCGUAGCAGCCGAAGCUUCUCAUCCCUACAAGCCACUUCUCUCUCUGCUGCCCCAUUCAUGAGAAGCAGCCGCUCACUCAGCAGACUUGACCAAAGAUCCACUGAAUCAGAUAAAACCUCUGGAAGGUCUCAAGUUAAAAAGGGUCAAAACACAGGGAAAAAAAUUCUGGAUUCGGUCCGUCUGUCAUCCUCUGUGGAACAAUUCAGCAGCUCGUGUCAGCCACAGACAUCGUCCUCUUCUUUGGUUUCCACCACUACAUGUCAUCAUCACAACAUCAAAGAAAAGAAACAAACAAGGGAUGGGGUGUACUCACUGUGUGCAAUGACCUCUGGGAUGAAACGCAACUUGGUCCAAGCAGUGUUGAAAAACGUGCGGCCCGGUCUCACCCAUGACACCACAAGCUCCCUUCCAGAGCAAAAAGUAGAUCAACUGGAAGAGGACAGCACUGGUGAGUGGGAAGAGGCCUCACAGCAACAGCAGCCAGAAAGGACAGCUAUACAGCAGCCAGAGGGAGAGCAGAGCUUGGUUGAUUUACACUCCUCAUCCUCUCUUCUCCCUGUUUCAUCUGCUGCUUCACCUCCUCCAUCACCCACAAGUCCUUCACACCAGGUGGAGGAGGGUGAAGGUGUUCAUGAGUGCCAGCUUCCUGUUGAAACUGCUCAAACCGGUGGGAUAGAAUCAUCAUCAGGUGGUAAAGGAUCCCCAUGUGGCAGCUCUGCUUCCAAGGUUGUGCUGUCAAAUAAUGAGGAUUUUGAGGAACACUCAAACAGGGAGAGUGAAAAUGAGCAGAGUUUGCCACAGAGAGAAGCCACACCCCAGAAAGAUGAACAAUCAGCAUCAGUUAACACCACCUCUGAAUGCACAGAAGAUAAUGAAGCUCUGUCAUUUGAGCAGCAAACUGGACAACUUGUCAAAGAGGUGAGAUUGUUAUUGCACUUAUAA